ACGGUUCGUCUGCUCGAAAGUAAACAAAGCAGCGGCCGCGUAGGAAGACGGACCAGGAACUUUGCCCACACAAUCUCUCCUCGGACUUGAUUCGGCGAGACGACCACCAUGCCGAGUAUCCUAGAGGCGUGCGAGGAUCUCUUCGGGGUCUCCUGCCUCUACAAGGUGUUGGGCGUCGAGAAAAGCGCCCGGGAGAACGAGCUCAAGAAAGCUUAUCACCGAGUAUCGCUGAAAGUCCACCCUGACAGAGUGAGUGAAGAUGAUAAGCAAGAAGCAACACAGAAGUUUCAAACUCUAGGCAAAGUCUAUUCCAUCCUCUCUGACAAGGAUCGACGAGCUGUGUAUGAUGAGACAGGAGAGGUCGAUGACGAGAACCUUGCCCCUGAUGACCGCGACUGGGACCAGUAUUGGAGACUUCUCUUCAAAAAGAUCACUGUGGAUGAUAUCAAGAACUUUGAAGAAUCUUAUAAGGAAUCUGAAGAGGAAAAGGCAGACCUGAAGCAGGCUUAUAUUGAUGGUGAGGGUGACAUGAACUAUAUACUCGACAAUGUACUGUGCUGCACCAUUGAGGAUGAGCCAAGGUUUAGAAAACUAAUUCAAGGUUGGAUCAAGAAGAACGAGGUCCGUGCCUUUGAGAACUUCACGCGAGAAAACAAGCACAAGAAAGAAGCAAGAAAACGAAAGGCUGACAGGGAAGCUGAGGAGGCAGAGGAGAUGAAGAAGGAACUGGGUCUUGGAGACACCACUGACAGCCUGAGAGCUCUCAUCCUUAAGCGGGGGAAGGAGCGCGAGCAAGAGGCAGAUGCCUUCUUGGACUCCCUUGCUGCCAAAUAUGGUGGAGGAGGAUCAGGAGGGAAAAAGAAAAGCUCAAAGAAGAAGCAGAAAUGAGGGACAUGUUAUGAAUGGUGGUGAAGUAGAUUUCAUGGAAGGAAUUGGAAAUGUGUAUGGCUCUUUAUGACUUCAAAAAAAAAAAGAAUAAAAAAAACAAAAAGGCAGGUGAUGGAGAUUUAUAUAAUGGAAAUAUAUACAUAUAUAAUGCAGCCAUAUUCUGGUUCAGUGAUCAGAUUUUGUAGAAAGGAAGUCUUGCCCAGUUCACUCCUAUAGAGUUGAGGGAAGUUCUUUGGUCACCAACUGCAAAAUCUAAAGGUAUUCUGAAUCUACAUACCAUAUACCAUAUUGAUAUUGUGAAUGGUAUUGGCUAAUUACAGGAAGAAUAUUUCAUGUAUAUGCCUUACAAGUUCUUGCAUUCCUUUUAUGUAUUUUAGUCUCCUUUGCUUUGUGUAAUUGUGAAACAUUAUUCUGUGUAUUAUCUCUGUGGUCAUGCUACUGAAAUGUCUUCAUCUGAAAUCAUUGUUCAUCAGUAUGUUAUUUUUUUAUUUUAAGAAUGAAUCAUAUUUUACAUACUUAAAAACCAUGAAAGUUAUUUAAUUCUACAGUUAUGAUAGUUUGUCAGAAAGUGUCCAGAAUAAAUUAAAUGUACUGUU